UCUUCCUUCGUCCGUUGCACCGCUCGCGCCAGCCGCUAUCAAAUGCUUGUUUUUUUCUUUUGAUUUUCAAAUCUUAUUUGCCAGGGACAUUUUGAUCUUUUAACAACAAAACAAUAAUGACACAAAGGGAACUCAUUUUUCGAAACUCUCCAACUGCCUUUUAGCAAUUAAUUUGCUUGUCAGGAUUUUUUUUUUUUUGACAAUUUGACCUCGUAUAUUAUUUAUACAAGAAAAACUAAAAAAUGUUUGGGUUAGUCUGUAAAAUCAGUGAGAUUACUCGCCAUAGCCAGCAGUCGGCAUCUCAUGUUUCAUGCUCAGGCGUCGUUUUAAAUAAGUUGCCGUUUUAUAUGAUUAGUGACGUCAAAGAGCUGAGGGAUAAUCAACUGCGGAUUGACGAAGAAAAAUCAGAACUCGAAGGAAAUUUUCGAUCUUUGCCUUUGUGACGAUGGUGAGUGGAACUUACUCUUCAGCUCCGCCGUCGUCAAUGGAAGAAGAAACGCAAGACGUCUUAACGAAGGAAAACGACGGCGAUGGAGAGGAAAAGGAGGAGCAGGUGAUGAGCGAGGUUCACCUAGGUUGUCCACCUGGUUUCUCCGGACCCUAUAUAUCCCAUUUCACCAUUUGUCUCCCCCACGAUGUUGCUCACAACAGACACAGUCAUGAGUUGCAAGAUGAAGCAAUAGCAAGUCCAGUUAUGGAGUUGGAUGAAGAUGGUGACCUUGUUCUUCCUCGACGUGCCCUUAGUUCAGAGGUUCCAAGUGAUAGCUGUAGUUUGAGUAUCCAACAUAAUAUCACAUCAUCAAUUCCAAACGUUGGUCUGCAGAUUUGGAGAGCAGAAUUAGUAUUAUCUGAUUUUGUACUGCACAAAAUAGUAUCUUCGCCAGAAUUUCAUGGAGUGAUAGCAUUGGAGCUUGGUGCUGGGACUGGCAUGGUUGGCUUAUUGCUUUCACGUUGUGCGAAUACAGUAUUCCUAACAGACCAUGGCAAUGAAAUACUUGAGAACUGUGCUAAGAAUGUUCAGCUUAAUGCUGGAUUACUGAAUUGUGAAGCUGCAAUUUGUGUGCGUGAACUUGAUUGGUUCAAUGGCUGGCCUCCUGAAGCAAGCAUAGAAGAGGCUCCUUUCAGUCAGGGUUUUUCUUGGACCUCUAGGGAGAUUGAACAAGCAGAGAAUGCUUUGUUUCUGCUGGCUGCUGAUGUUAUUUAUAGUGAUGACCUGACUGAUGCAUUUUUCAGUACCUUAAAGAGAUUAAUGUCAAGGGGCUCGAGGAAGGUGUUGUACAUGGCGCUGGAGAAGCGCUACAACUUCAGUCUUUCUGACCUUGAUGUUGUUGCAAAUGGUUAUUCGCAUUUUCGUAGUUAUCUCAAGGAUGAUAAUGAAAUGGAAUGCCCUGGCUCCGAGCCCAUGCCUUAUUUUGUGGGGAAGCAUAUUGACAUUGCUCAAAUUCCACAAUACGUGAGAGAGUAUGAAAGAGGACAUGAUGUUGAGCUUUGGGAGAUCAAAUGCUGUACGCCAAAACAUAGUUCUGGACCAGAGAUAUUCAUGGCGGACUGAGGAUGCAUUAAACUCCUGACUUCUGUGCCCAUUUUAGCAGGCUCCCUAAUGAAAAUAGUUGUUCCUUUCUCACUUGUGCGUUCACUUUCAGAAGACAACUAGAUAUGUUCCCGACUAUUGUGUGGAAUCUUGAGAAAAGGAAAUUGUGUGGCAUGUUCAAAAAGCUACAAUAGAAAGACUUGUUUGGCAAGUUGGGAUUAUUAUUAUGAUUAUUAUUUUCAGGAAAUUGGAACGAAAUAAGGAAAAGGAAGGAGCCUUUGAUGAAAUGGAAUUUUUGGGCCCAAAAAUAGUGCUGGUCUCAAUUUUUUUGUCUACAAAGUUCGGUUUCAAUUUA